ACACAACAGGAAAACACAGUGGUGAGUGAACCUCUGUUUUUACGGAAAGAAUUCGGCAAUAACAGACGGGUAAAUGGAGAAACACGAGAGCAUCUUCCUUAAGAAGAGUUUUGUAGUCAUUACCGGCUCCAGUAGAGGACUAGGGAAAAGUAUGGCCCUACAGUUUGGUGGAAAGUUCCCUCCUGAUUCUGUGUUAGUACUAAUGGCCAGGAAUGUGGAGGCUUUGGAAAGCGUCAGGACCGACUUGAUAGAAUUGGUUCCGGAAUCAACAGUUUUAGUUAAACAAUAUGACCAAGGGAAUACUGACAUUGCUUAUUUCGAUGGAAUAUUUGACAACCUUCUUGCUGAAAACAAACUUUCCAAGGAUGAUUUCGACCAGGUGGUGGUAGUUCACAACUGUGCUACUACCGGCGACAAUGUCAAAACUGCGCUACAAUUGUGUGACGCCAACCACGUCCGAUCUUACUACGACAUCAACCUUGUCGGGAUGAUCCUUCUCAACACAAGCUUUUUUACCACAUUUUCUGAUUCAGCGAAAUCCCGAGUUGUAAUCAAUAUAACAUCAGGAGCAUCCCAACUUCCAGCACCGUCUCUCCACCUCUACUGUGCAGGUAAGGCUGCACGUGAUAUGUUCUUUCGGGUCCUUGCCACAGAGGAGCCGUCGAUCCGGAUUCUGACUUACGCCCCGGGUGCUGUCGACACCGAGAUGUUACGAGAUUUGGAAACAAAUGCGUCCUCAGCAGCAUUUCGUAAAGUGCUCAAUGACCUGCGUAAGGACGACAAGCUGAAGACAUCAGCUGAGGCGGUUACUGACUUGAUAUAUGUACUGGAGGACAACACUUUUGAUAAUGCAGUGUUCGUUAACAACUACGAACAGACAGCGAAGCCAUACAUAGAGGAGACGUUGUUCUCCAAUAAGAUUUGAGUCAUCAUAUCUUAUAAAACAUUCGAAAUCAUAUUGUAAAAAGCAUUCUGUGUUGAUAACAGUUCGAUUCCUAUCAAGUAUUCUUUUGUUGAAUAAAACUUGAAUUUAAUUGAAUCGACUAUAAUUUGAAUACUUUUUAAUUAUCAUCAUGGGACCUAUCAGAAAUCAAUAAAUGUAUUUCGAAUUUAAUCAAUUUUACUUUCUUUUCCAUCUAAUACGUAUGGUACGGUGUUAAGCUGUAUAAGAUGAAUGAACUCUCUUUUCAAUCUUGCAACGUGCUUAAGUAUCACAAAAUCUGUUUAAUUGUGCUUAUAACAGUUUUUUUAUCCAUAUUAGAAAAUCUUGUGCGGAUAAAAUAUUGAAUUGAAUUGAAAUGCUUUUUUGAGUUAUAAUUAUCCAUAAUCAGUAUUUUCAAAAAGGAGUACACGACCUAUCAAUAACCUUAUUUCGAAUUUGAUCAGUUUUACUCUUUUUGUUCUAUGUAUUAAGUAUGGUACAUUGUUAAGCACUGGUCUCAGCAAUAUAAAUUAACUCGUUUAUUUAUCUCUAAUACAGCUGUAUCAUAAUUCUAUACAGUAAAAUAUUCCAGUUUGAAAGGCCUUUUAUAACAAUGUAAGUUUGUUUAUGUAGGGAUUGUCACUGA